CAUUUGGAAUUUAUCGGUGGUCAAAAUUUACGAGAUACUCUAAAUAAUUUUAUCCGCGUGGCAAUGACCAAUGAUUUAGCCGAAAAUUUUACAUGGACCGGCAAAACAAACAAAACUGGUGGCUUCAGAAAGGCACUGUAUAACACUAAAUUAAUGAGGAUUUUCUUUAAUGCGGCAAAGAAAAUUCCCCGACUUGGAAAAUUCACAAGAAACAAAUUUGUGGCAAAUUUUCAAGAAGUGUUACGUUCUUAUAAGCAAACUGCAAGGAAUACACGCAAUGCUCUUGUUAAUAGAGGAAAUCGUCGCACAAGAAACGAAAAUGAACGACUUUUAUUCCCAAAUGACGAUGAAGACAGAAAUUCAGAUAUCGAAAAUAUUACUGCUAAUAAUGAUACUGAUUAAUAUUGAAAAGUAAUUUCAAUAGAAAUGUAAAUUUUAGUUCCUUAAGGUGUAUAUAAUAAAGAAGAAAGAUUAUAACUUAACAAUUUAUGUGAAUUAUAUCAUUUUAUGUGAGGUAAAAGGAGAAGAGUUGGACCAGGAGGAAAGACAGACCAUUGGAAAUAAAAUCGUAAUUAUGACAAUAUAAUGGAGGAUACACACGAAGGAUGAGGCCCUCGAGGAUUUUUAAUUGCGAUAUCUGGCUCCUAUUAUGUUAAAGUUUGGC